AUGGCUCCAACUGGUAGUAGAAGAAGAAGAGGAAGAAGAAGUAGAAGUAGAAGUAGUAGAAGUCAGUGCAAGAGGCAAUCAGUGGAGUUAGCUUGUAGCAGUUCAAGCUCAGCCACCACAAAUUUUGAUGAAACAUUGAAGAAGGCAGAUAGAGACAGAGACAAUAACAGCAAUGACAUGAGUGGAUGCUCAACCCCUAAAGGUCAGAGAUUUCGGAUACCAGAUAUUCUAUCAUGCCCACCUGCUCCAAAGAAGAGAAGAGUAGCUCCAAACUGGUCAUCACCAAGGUCACCCAUCUCCUUCUUUUCUCCUCCUGAUUUAGAGCUAUUCUUCUUCUUUGCACUUCGUGACAUCUCAGUUUGA